GGCCCAGUCACAGGUUAUUCACCCCUAGACAGUCUUAUCUGUGUGUUCAUAUGUUGUAUGCAUAUGUGUGACUAUUUGUUGUUGUUUUUCAGGGGAUGAAGGGUGACCCGGGUGUUGCAGGAAAGGAUGGACUGAAGGGCGAUAAAGGGGAUCCUGGUUUGCCUGGCCUGGAGGGAGCCAGUGGAAUAAAGGGGCAAAAGGGUGAGGAAGGCCCCAGAGGACCAUCGGGCCCUGUGAUGACAGCACAUGGACUUAGACUUUCUGGAACUGGGGAAGGAGGUGAGAAAGGCCAGAAAGGAGAGAAAGGAGACCAGGGUGAAAAAGGUUCUGAAGGCUCAAAAGGUCUACAGGGCAAUACUGGAUUGCCUGGAUUGACAGGGGCACCAGGACUUGAGGGAAAGCAGGGUCCAACUGGUCCCACUGGCAUUCGUGGUCUUUCAGGAGACCCGGGCUCUCCCGGUCAGCCAGGAAUGCCUGGAAAAGAUGGAAUGAAAGGAGAAAAGGGUGAUGCAGGUGGAGCACCGGGACCGAUAGGCCCCCCGGGCCUCAAGGGUGAACCUGGUGAGCCCUGCUCUGUCGGAAUUUGCAAUGGGGAGGAGGUUGUGUCUGGUCUUCGGGGGUUGCGGGGCCCUAAGGGUGAACGAGGUGUUCCUGGAGUACCUGGAGAUGCUGGAGAGAAAGGAGAACCUGGGAUUGGAAUCACUGGACCCCCUGGUCUGAUGGGAACUAAAGGCGAACCAGGAAUUCAGGGUCCUCGUGGACCUGCAGGACAAGUUGGAGUGCAAGGAAUUAUGGGACCUCCAGGCCCACAAGGCAGACCAGGACCCCCUGGACCCCCUGGAGAACCGACAGCACUACCUAUUGUUGGAGACAUGGGGACAUUAUUGAAGAACGCCUGCAGUGUGUGUCAGACCAGAGUACCAGGAUUGCCAGGGCAGAAAGGAGAAAAAGGUUCCCUUGGAACUCCAGGUAUCCCAGGAAUGGAUGGAGAAAAGGGGGAUCAGGGUCUUCGGGGCCCAGCUGGUAAUCCUGGAAAAGAGGGUCCGAAGGGAGUGAAGGGUGAGAGAGGCUUUGCUGGUCCGAUGGGGGACAAGGGUGAUGAGGGGUCCCCAGGUGUGCCAGGAUUGCCUGGAUCCACAGGCCGCAUGGGUCCACAGGGACUUAUUGGCAGACCAGGACCUGUUGGGUCCUCAGGACCAAAGGGAGAACGGGGUAGCGAAGGACCGCAAGGCAGACCUGGACCUCCUGGACCCCCUGGUGUCCCAUAUGCAGAGGGCAAUGGGAUGAGUAGUUCUCUAUAA